AUGAACUGCACCCUUUGGGAGGACUAUGCCAAACAAUUUUUUAAGUUUAACGAGGAUCAGGCUACCACAUCUGGCCCGACCUUGGUUUUGCUUCAGUAUGCAAAAGUUAAAAAACAGGGCCAAUACCCACUCUCGGUUACCAACACAUUCCAUGUUACUAAGCUCCAUAUCAAUGCAGAUUUGCCUUCAAUCAAGGACUUCAUCAAUAGUUUCCCUAAAGAAUCUUUGUAUACCGUUUCCUCCCAACUAAGCUCUCAAUCUCAAUGUUACUCCCGCACCUCGACUUCUGACAUUGUUGGACAAACUCAAACGCAUAAGUUGCUUAAAGGGGAUGUUGCUCUACCUCUGAGUCAGAUAAAAAAACUGCGCGAGAAAACUUUCUAUGCUACAGUUGCAAAAACCAAAAAACUUAUAGCGUUUUCAUAUGAAUGGUACUACCAGUGCUUCCAUGUAUGCACUAAAGCUGCUCGCGAUGAGAAACCUCUGUUUGAAUGUGAUGCUGGCCAUUUUACUGAGGCGGAGAUAUAUAAGUAUGAUUGGUUUAAUACUUGUGUCUUUGAUCGAUACAACCUCUCAAAGGAAUGUACGGAAAUAUUACAAUUGUCUGCUGCUCAGAUGCGCGGUAUAAUGAUACAAGUUGGGAUCACAGAUCCAUUAGAAUUUCCAUUAGCACUUGAUGGCAUGUUGGACUUGAAGCUGGCUUUUAGAGUUAAAUGGCAGCCCAGCUGGGACAGCUGCUCAGUUAUUAUGCUCUUUAAAGAUAGACCGUUAAAAGAGGGCGUUGAUGAAGCCAAAACUGAUGCUGCAGAUGACUGUGACAUUGUUACGGUAUUCAAUAUCUAA